AACUUCGGAAGUUGUAUUUCGACAAGAUGCUCGUGAAGCGGAGGGUCGUGACAAGACAGCUGUCGUAUGUAUUCAUUACGGUCCGUGAAUCCAGGUGCGAGGACUGAGAGAGGUCUUCCGAGCGGGAGUUGCGACGGACUUGUGAAAGAAACCACGAAUGCGCUAUGACAGUCGAUCUCCUAUACUGCACCGUAAUUACUCGAAUUCAAUGCAACUCUUUGCUCUUCAACCAGCGUCUUGACUAAGUCGCGAAUAUUCAGCUUACCGAUGGGCAAAGUCGGGCAAUUCUUUCGUUCGCUAAGUCGUCGACCGUCGAUCCUCAAAUCGCGUGGUGAAACUAUCGAGUCGCGCAAAUCAAGUGUUUUCUCUUCUCUGGCGCAAAAUGACACCGACAGCAAAUCUAUCUCGACUGUAGAAACCCGAGCAACAUCCCACAACGAAGCGCGAACGGCGCCGUCUACACCAUCGAUCGCGCCAACCGACCCCACAUGCCUCGAGACAGUAGGGCGGGGUGGAGCCUCCAUCGAUAGCGCUCCGAGAAAGGACACGGUCAAUCAGCGUAUGGUCGAUUUGAAUGCGUAUGCAGAUCUCGAAGUCAAUAUUUCCAUAUUGCGUUUCGUACACAGGCUACCGCUGGACGAGCUGCGCAUCAUUGGCCAGGUGCUGACGCUGUCUUCGUCUUCUGCUAUGGGCAAUACCUUUGAGGAAGAUGACCGGCGUCUUCCACGAGGCGUCGCGCGACCAAAGACUCUGAGCCUUGCUAGUACGACUAGGGACUUGAGCAGGUCUUUCGUAUGUGGUCCGAAGAACAGGUCUGAACCCAACCGUACUAGACACGAAUGUAGACACGAUCAAUGCGCCGUACACGAAAGGCUGAUCCUCUAUCCUUCGGAGAUGGACAUGAAAUCAUAUGCGGACGCAGUAACGCUUAGCCUUGUCAGUCAAGAGAGCGACCCAGCAUGGUCGUUCGCGUGUUGUUCGGCGCAGCGAGUCGAGCGGGACCACGCACAACGGCAGAGUGAAGCUGCGGACAUGAAGCGCGCGCCUUCCUUCACAGGACGAUCGGCCGACUCAUGUGAUCUCUUCCUGGAAUCCAUUGGCCUUUCGAUCCACCCAGACGGUGACCCAAGAACAGACCACGAGGACAUGGAUGCCUUUGACAUGGACAACUUACCAAAUUGGUCCGAUGUGGAGGACGACCCAGAGUACAACCAGUUUGAAGAACGGUCAUUCCACGGGACGGAUACGGACAGCUCUCACUCUUCCAGGGAGUCGUGCACGUCAUCGCCAGCACUCUACAUGCCCUCUGUAGCUGUCCGCACUAUCGUAUCUAACAUGCAUGGCGAUGCAGCGGAUAACAACGAAGGGUGA